CCUAAAUUAUACACGCUUUAUCGAGUUUGAUUUCCUCUGCAGUUACGGGUACAUUGUUUAAUAAACAAACGUCUUCAUUCAAGAUUCAGUCACAAGAGACUAUACCUGCUAUAUAGAAGUCUGCAUUUGAUAUUGUCCUUUAAUAGAGUUAGUAGAAAGAAGCUGAAGCAAGAUUUAGUAAUUUCAACAAGAAAAUGAAGCCAUUGUCGAUCAAACUACACAUUAAUCAGUUGUACGCGUUUAUGGGUAUUAUCCUAACCACUGUAGACUCCAUAAGCAGCGCUACUACUACUACUACCCCUAGACCAACUAAACUCGCUCCAACUACAACUACAUCGGCUCCAACAACAACUACAUCGGCUCCAACAACAACUACAUCGCCUCCAACAACAACUACAUCCACUGUAGCCUUUUAUGUACCCGAACCAGUCAUUACUACAAACAGACCAUCUACACCCUCUCCAACAACAACUACAUCCGCUGUAGACUUUUAUGUACUCGAACCAGUCAUUACUACAAACAGACCAUCUACACCCGCUCCAACCACUGAUUCCCCUGGACCAACUACUCGCAGCAUACUCCCGUCCAGCAUCAACAUUCCCACCACGACUAACAUCAUGUACAAGAACCACAAGCUUGAUGAUAAUGUGGUUAUGGAUUAUAGCCUGUCAUAUGAAGGCGUUACACCAAUUGAAUGUGGACGUCUCUGUUCUUCUAUACCCGGAUGUAGAUUGUUCAACUACCAAAACAACUCAUGUUCCAUACUAAAUACAGUAAAUCAUGGACUUGGAUCAGUGACUGUUAAUUCUAUAUAUGUAGAUGUUACAGUGAAAGAAACUUGUCAGUUGCCAGGCUACACGGCAUACAUUGGUGGAUUAUUUUGUAUCAAGCCUGUUGAACAGCCAGCAUCUGAUUGGAUGGCAUCAAAUACCACGUGUAAUGAAGAUGGCGGAUAUCUUCUCAUCAUGAGAUCUGUUGUAUUUGAUGUUAAAAAAUACGUGUUGGAGACAAUCAAUCUACCAGAGAUCCCAUACUGGAUUGGUGGUAAUGAUUUGGAUGUAGAUGGGGUGUGGAAAUGGAGUGAUGGAUCGCCUAUUAUAUCUGGCGCAUGGUCACCUGGAAACCCCAGUAAUGUUGGAGAAUGUUUAAUGUUACACGGUCUGGCUUUUAACGAUGCAGGGUGUGGCAAUAUCCUCCCAUUUAUUUGUGAAAAGUCCACAGUGUUUGAUAUGUGAUUGCCGAUCGGUCUAUAUAAGAGCAUGUAACACUAUAUGUGAUGGCCGACCAUCGUAUAUAAGAGCAUGUAACGUACACUAUUUCACCAUGCAUAUCUUAUAUAUUAAACCCAAGUUUACUAAAUGUCAUUGUAUUUUGAUAACGAUAUGAGAAUAAAAUCCGUGAGUAUUUUCCCAUAGAAAUUGUUCUCUGUUACUGUGUUUCUUAAUCGAUAAAUGCCACUUAAAGAUUA